GCACAAAUAAAAUGUAACGGAAGUGUAGGGAUUCGUUAGUUCUGAUCAUUGCUCGAAGCACAAUGUUGCCAUCUUUUGAUCGUAAAUAACCUAAAAGUGCGCCAUUUUGGAUUUUUCAUUUUCAAAAUAUAUUUUAUAGAAAAAUAAUUAUUAAACAUCAACAAUAAUACUUUUUCUAUCUAUUAAUUAUUUAAAUUAAACAUGUUAUUCAUUUUUAUUAUUAAUAUUCCGUAUAAAUUAUUUUGAGGUUUGAAUUUUCUUUUCUUCAAAAUGGCGGCACUUGCAAUCAACUUCAGAGCUCAACGUCACAGGUGUGAUUUUCCAAGUGUUUGUUUUCAUGUGAAACAAUUUUUAUUCACUUCCGUUAAAUAUUAUCAUUUUUUAACUAUUUUUUUACAUUUUUUUCACGUCACGUAAUUAAUUUGACACAAUUCCAACAUGAAACUAUCAAUAACAAUAAUAAUUACAUUUAGUUGAUAAUUUAAAUACAAUUAUUAUUAACAGUUUUCCUCUUGAAAACUACAACUAAAAAUCUUAACCAAAAAAUAAUUAUUAAUUAAUUAUUAUCAACUAUUAGUUAAUAAAUAAAAAGUAUUUUUUGAUUGUUAUAAUCAAUUAAAAACCAAAAGGAAUAUAUUUUUGAUAAUUCGGCUUUAAAAUCAUUUAUUUUUGAUACUUCAAUAACCUAAGCGGUGAACCUACGUAUAGAUAAUUAGAAAAUAUUAUUGCGGAAUAGCUGACUAAUUAAUCAUCUAAUUAGUUAAGUGAACAACGUGUAAAAGCAACAAGUGUCAGUCGAUAAUCACACUUCCUUCAUUGACAUUUUUUAAAAAUAAAAAUCUAAUGUCCUAAACAAUUGAUUAAAUAAUUGUUGAUAAAUAUUGUGAAGCCUAACGAAUUAUUGUUGAAUAUUAUUGAUAAGAGAAAGUUGAUGGGUGAAGGAUAAUAUUAAUAAAAAAUUGAGAUAAUCAGAAGAAAGAGGGAGAAAGAGAAAGAGUAAUUGAAUUAUUACUUAUAGUAGUGUCAGAUCAUUUGGGCGUUGCUCUUCGGCAAUAUUUAAAUAUGUUUAUAAUAAUUAUAAUAUAAAGAUCAUCAUUUAAUAAUAAAUUCAACAAAUAUUUAAACAUUUACAUAAUAAUUAUACAUCAGUGUUGAGAUAAAAUAUUUAUCUUUAAUUUGUUAAUUAAAUAAAAAUUUACUACAAUUCCGAAAAUGGCAGAAAUAUUGACAUUUAAUCGAUAUAAUGGGAAAAGGAGAAGACUCUAGUGGAUCAGACGAAGGUGAUACAAGUAAAUAUUUAUCUAGUUCAACUGAAGCGAGUAAAAUGCUUGAAGCUGCUCUUUUACAGAUGGAUGGAAUCAUUUCAGGUGCAUGUGCUGAUGGUACAGAUUCUCUAACAGACUGGAAAGAUCCUGUAAAAGAAGCCACAAGGAAUCUAGUGGUGGCCAUCCAGAGUUCAUCUUCUCCACCGCCACCACCUGAUGUCAAUACCAUUGAUAUUUUACUUCAAUGGAUGAUACCUGAACGAUUGAGGAAGCUUGAAAAUGAUCGAGCAGGAUUGAAUCUAGAAGUAGCUGUACUUUCAGAGCAGGUUGAUGCUCAAUCAAGUAAGAUACUGGAGCUGGAAAAUCUAUUACAGGAGAAAAAAGAUUCAUUACGACAACUGGAAAAUGCUUUGCAGAAGGAAAUUUUGUCUAAAAGUGCUUUGGAGACUCAGAAACUUGAACUGCUUACCUCUCUUUCUGAGAUGAAGUUGAAACAAGCGAGUCUAGAGCAUGAAAAUUUGACACUUCGUAAUGCUACGUCGAUUUCGAAUGGAGAGAAGUUUAGCAGACACACAGGACAAUACAGUAGUCUUCCACGACCACCAACAGUGACUAAGAAAGGUGUAGCAUUUGGUAAGCUUUCUCAUCAUCUGAGUCCUGGUGCUCAAUCUUCAGUAAUCAACAUGAACAUGAUGGGAACAUCCUCAAGAUGUUUGUCAGCACCGAUUUUAGCUGAAGAAGAAAAAAUAGUGAUAAAUGAGAUCAAUCAAAUCGAGCCAACGCCAUCGAAAUUAUUGAGUCAAUUGUCAAUUGAAGAAAUAGAAAGUUGGCUGUCAGAGUUAGGAUUGGAGUCUUAUGCACCUGAAUUACGACGCUGGGGCGCAACAGGAAGUAAAUUGAUGGAUAUUACUCAACAUCAGAUAGAGAAGGAGUUAGAUAUUAAAAAUUCUUUGCAUAGAAAAAAAUUAUUGUAUGCAGUAGAAUGUGAAAGAAGUAAUGGAGUGGGUUUUCUUGGUUCUGAAAAGAUGGAUAGUCCUGCUGUCUUACGAUGGUUAGAUGAUAUUGGCCUUCCUCAGCACAAAGAAGCCUUUCAAAAUGCUAAGGUUGAUGGUCGUGUGCUUCAUCGAUUAACUACAGAAGAUCUUCUAGCUCUUGGAGUAACUGCUCAGCUUCAUGCAGCCAGUUUACGACGAGGCAUUCAAGUUCUACGUGAAUUAAACUUCCAGUUCGACAAUUUAGAACGAAGAUCACCUAAUGGUGAUGGCGCUGAUGGAAGCAAUGUAGCUCUUUGGACCAAUCAUCGAGUGAUGGAGUGGUUGCGAGUGGUGGAUCUUGCAGAGUAUGCUCCCAACAUGAGAGGAUCUGGGGUUCAUGGUGGAUUGAUGGUUCAUGAAGGACGAUUUACUUCUGAACUUCUUGCAACACUUUUGAGUAUUCCACCUGCUAAGACUUUACUAAGAAGACAUCUCACGACACAUUUUAAUCAAGUUAUUGGUAGAGAUGUGGUUCAGCAGAAGAGAGAAGUUGAAAAUACUCUUGGAUUUGUGCCAUUGACUUUGACAGCAAGAUUGAAGGUACCAAAGAAGUCGCAGUUUACAUUAAAGAGGAAAAAAAGCAAAAGUGAAAUUGACUAUGGAAACUUAGUGUGUCCAUUAGAAGCAUCACCUCCAGGUACUCCAUUGACUCCUACAUCGACUUCGGGAAGCCCUAAUCACAAUCCGCCUUCAAUUUAAUCAUAAAACAGCUUCAGUGGUUAUCGCAUUGUGAACUAACUCUAAUAUGGAGAUCGUAGAGCACCGGAAAAUCAUCGGUUGUAUAUGAAGAAAGAUGAAUAAAUUAUUUCUUUCAUUUAUAGUGGGACCAAUUGAACUGAUUUUUUUCAAAUUUAACAAAGAAAGUGAAAUAAAAAUAAAUUAUG